GUAAAAAGUGAGCUCCUCGGACGCACGACAACACACCAACUGAAGUGGAAAGCUGCUCCUGUUCUGCUCCUUGUCCUAUUUCGGACGCUGUGUACAAGGCGACCCGGCCUCAGACUGCAGCAGGACGCACGGAAACAGCGAGAAGGAAGAAUUAGGACAGUCCGCCUUCUCAUCGCGUCCCCAGACUUUCUUCCUCUUCUUUUUUCUUUUCUUUUUUUUUUUUUUUUUUAAUGACAAGGACCGAGUAACCGACUUGAUAGCGAUUACAGGAGGGAAGCAGAAGAUUCGGUUCCCAUCCUGAAGAUUCAAUCCAGCAACUAAUGACGGCAGAGGUGCAGCAGCCCCCAGCGCAGACCCCUGCCCAGAGCAGCCCCAUGUCUGCUCCGGAGAAGCCGCACGGACAGACCGUGGUGAUGGAAACCGCCUCCUCCACGACCAAAACCAAAAAGACGAACGCGGGGAUCCGGCGGCCGGAGAAGCCUCCUUACUCCUACAUAGCUCUGAUAGUCAUGGCUAUCCAGAGCUCCCCGACCAAGCGCCUGACUCUGAGCGAAAUCUACCAGUUCCUGCAGAGCCGCUUCCCGUUCUUCCGCGGCUCCUACCAGGGAUGGAAGAACUCGGUGCGCCACAACUUGUCCCUGAACGAGUGCUUCAUCAAGCUCCCCAAGGGCCUGGGCCGGCCGGGAAAGGGCCACUACUGGACUAUCGACCCGGCCAGCGAGUUUAUGUUCGAGGAGGGCUCCUUCAGGAGGAGGCCGAGGGGCUUCAGGCGCAAGUGCCAGGCGCUGAAGCCCAUGUACAGCAUGAUGAACGGCCUGGGGUUCAACCACAUCCCCGAGUCCUACAACUUCCAGGGCAGCAGCGGGGGUCUGUCCUGCCCGCCCAACAGCCUGUCUCUGGAUAGCGGGAUCGGGAUGAUGAAUGGACACUUGGCAGGUAACAUGGAGGGGAUGGGUCUGUCCGGCCACUCCAUGUCGCACUUGUCGACCAACAGUGGACAUUCCUACAUGGGGAGCUGUACGGGAUCCACGGGGAGCGAUUACCCGCACCACGACAAUUCCGCCUCCCCUCUGCUGACCAGCGGGGGAGUCAUGGAGCCUCACCCGGUCUACUCCAGCUCCGCCUCGGCGUGGGCUCCGGCGCCCACGGCGUCGCUGAAUAACGGGGCUUCGUACAUUAAGCAGCAGCCUCUGUCUCCGUGUAACCCCGGGGCGAACCCCCUGCAGCCCAGCCUGCCCACGCACUCCCUAGACCAGCCCUACCUGCACCAGAACGGCCACAGCACCACGGACCUACAAGGUAUUCCUCGGUACCACUCCCAGUCUCCCAGCAUGUGCGACCGAAAGGAGUUCGUCUUUUCGUUCAACGCCAUGACUUCCUCCGCCAUGCACUCCCCGAGCAGCGGCUCGUACUACCACCACCAGCAGGUCUCCUACCAGGACAUCAAGCCCUGCGUGAUGUGAGCGCUGGAGCCACGCGCGCGACACGCGGGACUGAGAACAAACGCGCGAGAAAAAUUACCACUGAAGGACAAAAGAAAAAAAAAGAAGAAGAAGAAGAAGAAGAAGGAAAAACGGAAUGAAAAGAAAAAGAAAAGGCAUUAUUGGCCCACGCAGCCCUGGACAGAGCCGAGUGCUUCAAGUAGAACGGACUACUUCUCUACAGGCCAAUUACAAAGCAACCGCAUAAUAAUAAUAGUGAUAAUAAUAUAUAAUAAUACAAACUUUGUCUUUUUCAUCCCAUCAUCAUCGACCAGUAGGGCGAAUGGAGGGUGUAAGAAACCCUACUGCUGUUUGGUACUUAGUUCUGCAGAGCGGAUGACUACCACUUCACACUUAUGCUCUUGUUUAUUCAUCUAUGUAAAAAAAAAAAAAGAAAAAAAAAGAAAAGAAAAAAAAUUAUAUACAUAUAUAUGCACACUUCAAUUUUCUCCGUCUAAAGUUUUUACCUUUGCCUUUACCUUUGAUAAAUUAGACUGAGGUUCUUUUUACGGACUUACAUACCAACAUUGCAUUUUGAAAUGAACAAUUGUGGAUUCUGCAGAUAUAGCCUAUGCUGUAAGUCCAUAUACUGUAAACUGUGUAAAAACGAUGACGGCACUUUUUAAAUAGCCUAUAAGCGCAACUUUUAUUUAUUCUCUAGGCCUCUAUUUUAAUUUCAGGCGAAUUGGCCAAGGAGUUACGAGCUUUAUUGGCAAUAUUUGUCAGAUUGCUUAUUAUUGUUUUUAAUUGAAACAUUGAGGAUAUAUUGUAAGCACUGUUGUCGUUUUGUGUCAAAUAUAUGUAGACCUUGUACUUUUCAGCACUGUCUGUAUACUUAUAUGUUGGUAGCAAAUUUAGCAAGGGGCCCAUUAACCAGGGCCAACCUUUUGGAAAAAGCAACUGUAAGAAAUAAAAUAUAUCAUUGGGCUGUUAAUGCCCACAAUUCCACAAAGAAACUAAAUAUAUUUGGAUUUCAUCACACACUCGUAUGCUCUGGAGAUUUUGUGGGGAUAUUCCAGGCCUAAAUUCCAUUAAAUUGAAAAGAUGUGAAGAUUUAUUUUAAGGAUUUUUGUAACUUUUGUUGUGUAGCUACUUUUCAAAUUAAUCAACUAAAACUAAAUCUGCCGAAAUGGAAAACCAGUGUUGGGCAUUACUAAACCUUUUAAUUCAAUCAGCACAUGUUGCGUUAAAGUUAAAAAAAAAAUCAGGAAUAGAGUGAUUUUCUGUCCCAUGUAAACUGAUAUUAUAUCAA